CUUCUCAUUCACUCAUUGCCACAGCUGAGGAAGCUACAGGUCAUUCAUUCACUAAGAACAAGAGGAGUAGCUGGUGAAGUCCUAUCCCAAGUCCAACCCCACCAGCAGGACACAGCUCAUUGACCAACCCAACCAAGAGGACAUAGUUCCUAGACCACUAGUGGCCACAGAACCAAGACCAACCCCAGCAAGAGGACAUUAUUCCUAAACCACUAAUUGCUACAAGAACAAACUCACCAAGUGUCAUAUCUUUUAGAUUGUCUUCACCAUCUGCCACAUCUCCAGGACUAGCCCCACUAGCCAUUAUCUCAGGUCCAGCAGCAUCAGCUGAGGUGCAGAAGACCAUGAGAAUGCAAGCCCCAGAGGUGAUCAUGGAGGGGGAGUUGGAGAAGAGGAGUGACAAUCUGCUCCAGUUCUGGAGGAAGAAGAUGUGUGUCCUGACCAAGGACAGCCUGAACAUGUUUGCUGACGGGCAGAAGAAGACCAAGUGCAAAGAGCUCAAGUUCCAGUCCAUCAAGAAGCUGGACUGCGUGGAGAGGACCGGCAAGUACAUCUACUUCACCAUAGUCACCACGGACAACAAGGAGAUCGAUUUCCGCUGCCCGGAUGAUAGCUGCUGGAACGCGGCCAUUACCAUGGCCCUCAUAGACUUCCAGAACAAGAAGGCCAUCCAACACUUCAGGUCCCGCCAGGAGAGUGAGCGGAGGGUCGCACCGUGUGUGUGAGCGGAAGGCGGCCACGUGGAGCAGCAGCGCUUAGAAGUGCACAUAUCAUGGACCAAAUCGAGAGCAGAUUCCGGAGAUUCCGUAUGAAGCGGGAAACAAUUUGCUUACACGUAUAGCGCAAGUUUUGAGAUUGUUAUUUGAGCUUCACUGGUUGGAAUGUCCCCUCACUGACGUACGAGAAAUGCAGAUGAAAGAUUCAUCAUGAUGGGAGACACAAUUUGUUUCGCCUUAUUUAUUGUACUGAGGAAAAAAAAACAUGCAAUACAAACCGGACGCGACCGGCUAAUUUAUUAAGCAGUACAGUGUCUGUUUAUAUAUCUAUAUAUGUGUAUUUGUAUUUAUUUCAGUUGCUUCCUGUCUUAAUAUAUAAAUAUAUUUUUAUUUCAUUUCAAGACUGUUAAUUCCGAAUAAAUGU